UGACACUUUUAAAUGAUACGUGAUAUUGUACAUUGUAAAAUAUUUUUACUGAUUUUUAAAUUCACAAUCAACAUCUCUAAUAAGAAAGGAGAAUCACUAAUAGCAUCUCACGAUUGUCAACAAUAGGAUAAGGAGGUGAAAAAUCAACCCCUUUAAACCUCAAAACUCAAAAGAAAAACAAGGAGUAAAUCUCAAUGGAAAAAAAUAUGAGUGGAGAAGGAAGGAUAGUGUGUGUGACUGGUGCUUCAGGUUACAUUGCUUCUUGGAUUGUCAAGCUCUUGCUUCAACGAGGAUACAUUGUCAAUGCCACUGUUCGCAGCUUAAAUGAUCCCACAAAAACAGAGCACUUGCUUGCAUUGGAUGGUGCUGAACAGAGGCUUCACUUGUUUGAAGCAAACCUCGUGGAGGAAGGCUCCUUUGAUUCUGCUAUUCAUGGAUGUGAUGGUGUUUUCCAUACCGCGACUCCCCUUAUAUUUCUUUCCACAAACCCCGAGGCAGAAGUGAUUGAUCCCGCUGUGAAGGGAACUCUAAAUGUGCUGGCCUCAUGUGCAAAAGCUCCAACCGUCAAACGAGUGAUUUUCACAUCUUCUACUGCAGCAGUUGUACACACUGAUGUACCUCUUACCAAUGAGACGGUGGUUGAUGAAACUUGGUUUUCUUCUCCAGAAAGCUGUAAGGGCAAAAAAGGGGAAUGUUAUGUGCUAUCAAAAACUUUUGCAGAAGAUGCUGCAUGGAAAUUCGCCAAAGAGAAUGGCAUUGACAUGAUAUCAGUAAACCCGGCUGCUGUAAUAGGCCCAAUGUUGCAGCCAACAAUGAAUCUUACUACCUUUUACUAUGUUUUCAACUUGAUUAAUGGGUCGGAAACUUACCCAAAUGCAACUUUAGGGUGGGUUCAUGUCAAAGAUGUUGCUGAAGCACAUAUUAGAGCCUUGGAGAUCCCUACUGCUAAUGGGAGGUACAUACUGAGCGAAACUGUUGCACAUUUUUCAGAUAUUGUCAAAAUCUUGCACGAGCUAUACCCAAAUGCCAAACUCCCUAACAAGUGUGAGGAUGAUCAGCCAUUUGAGACGACUUACAAGCUUUCAAAGGACAGAGUUAAAACCUUAGGCAUUGAUAAACAAGCUAUGGAUUCCAAAGGAGGAGAAGGGAAGAAGGUGUGUGUUACAGGUGCUUCAGGCUACAUUGCUUCUUGGAUCGUCAAACUCUUGCUUGACCGUGGUUACACCGUCAACGCCACCGUUCGUCGCCUAAAUGAUCCGAAGAAAGUAGACCAUUUGCUUGCAUUAGAUGGAGCAAAAGAAAGACUUCACUUAUUCGAAGCCAAUCUCUUAGAAGAAGGCUCCUUUGAUUCUGCUAUUCAAGGAUGUGAUGGUGUUUUCCAUACUGCAUCUCCCGUUAAACUCGAAGUUUCAAAUCCUCAAGCAGAGCUAAUUGAUCCAGCAGUAAAAGGAACACUGAAUGUCCUUACAUCCUGCGCCAGAAUCCCAACCAUCAAACGCAUAGUUUUCACAUCAUCAAUGGCUGCAGUUCUUCUCACUGGUAGACCUCUAACUGCUGAAACUGUUGUCGAUGAAACAUGGUUUUCUGUCCCGGAAAUCUGCGAGAAACAACAAAUGAAGUGGUAUCUUCAGUCAAAGACAUUGGCCGAAGAAGCUGCAUGGAACUUUGUUAAAGAACAUGGGCUUGAUAUGGUGUCGAUAAACCCUGCAAUUGUUAUAGGCCCUUUGCUGCAGCCAACGAUCAAUACCAGUUCUUUUGCUGUUUUAAGUUUGGUCAAUGGACUAGAAACCUACCAAAAUGCAACCUUUGGAUGGGUACAUGUCAAAGAUGUUGCUGAAGCACAUAUUCUAGCAUUCGAGAAUCCAUCAGCAAAUGGGAGGUACCUCUUAAACGAAAGUGUUAAUCAUGUUUCAGAAGUUGUGAAAAUCUUAAGAGAGCUUUACCCUAAUCUCAAACUCCCUAACAAGCCCGCAGAUGACAACCCGUUUGAUCCGACGUACAAGGUUUCUAAGGAAAAGGCUGAAAGCUUAGGCAUCAACUACAUUCCCCUGAAAACUUGCCUCAAGGACACUGUCGAUUGCUUGAUCGAGAAGAAGUUUGUUAGUGUUUGAUUUCUGCUGUUCGUUUACUCUACUGUCGAAUUUUCUGUAUCGUAUGUUCAAUCAAAUCUAUAUGAAGUACCAAUUUCGUUUUAAUUUAUCAUGUUCUGUUCUAAACAUUGAAAGAAAUUUGGAGAAGUUUGUAAACAGAACUGAGAAACAUUUGACUUGUAUAAAUUAAAGUUAACUUUGGUUUUGUUGUUGUGUGUUA